CUAGCUGCUAAGUUGUUCAACCUCCACACCAGUGGAUGGCAGUCGUCAACAUCAUAUCAUCCUGGGGGUGGGUCUGUUUGAGUGUUUUGAAAAACAUGGCGGCCUCCAUUUACAAGUGGACUAAUGAUGAUACCGCCAUGUUGAUAGACUGGCGAGCGCGCAAUGCGGGUAUUUUCUCAGGCAGGAGAUUGACUGCCAUCAGAGGUUACGAAGUGUUUGUCAAAGAGAGAGGGUUGGAAGGGCUAGUAUCACCAGCAUUCAUUAAGAAGAAAUGGGAAAAUCUCAAACAAAAAUAUGUGACCCUAAAAAGAGUGUCAAUGGAAAGUGGUACAGAUUCUGCAGCUGAGAGUUGGAGAUGGUACAGCCAGAUGGAGGAUGCCCUUGGGGGGAGGAUCCCAGAAAUCAAGCCUUCCUGUAACAUAAAGAUGCCUGCAGUUUUUAUCUCUACUGACCAUGAUGACAUGGUCCACUCCCUGGAACUGACUGUGGACCCCCAGUCCCCUCCUCCUCUCCCUCUCCCUCCCCCUCCUCCAAUAAAGAGGCAGAGGACUAAUUCAACCGACGUCAUGCUGGAGUUCCUGGGCAAGCAAGAGGACCGUGACCAGCAGAGGGACAUUGAAUGGAUACAGAGAGAGGAACUGAGGGAGAGGGAGGCUCUGGAGAGGGAGGAGCAGCGGGAGAGCGAAGCCGUGGAGCGAGAGGAACGGCGGGAAAGAGAGGCCAUCGCCAGGGAGGCGAGGCGAGAGAGGGAGGCAGUAGAGCGAGAGGGUCGGAGAGAGAGGGAUGCCAUGGAAAGAGAAGCUCGUAGAGACAGAGAAGCUAGAGAGAGGGAGGAGAGAAGGGAGCAAGAGUUCAGAGACAGGGAGGAAAGGAGGGAAACAGAGUUUAGAGAACGACACGAAAGGAUGGAGAGGUUGUAUAUGGAGAGAGAGGAGCGGCUUCUUUCUAUUCUAGAGAAGUUGCUCAACAAAUGAGUGUUUGGUCUUGGGUAAACACACUUAAUGGUUCUCAGAAAAUAAAGGAAUCCUGUAACAGGAUUAACCUGUUUAUGAUGAGUUACCCUUUGUGGAAGGGGUAUUCAGGCCUGUGAACAAUCAGCACUACCAGGUUCUGGUUUGGAAUUGCAAGGCUGUCAUCUGCUUGUGUUGGACCAACUACUGGCCUUAAAAACCUCAUAUUACCAUGGUGCUGAAUAUCCAGUCAAGAGUAAUAGUGGAUUUGUGUAAGUCUCACUGGUGACCCUGAAAGACCCUGUUAAUUUGGGUUUGGUCUUAAGGUAACAUGCUUUCAACGUCUGUGUAGUGUAGUACCAUUAAGGUCCAUGUGUAUGUGAUGUACACACAUCUUGUACUGUUAGUCACUGACUAAAGUUUUUUUUUGUUUUUGUUUUUUAGAACAAAAUGUAUUGGACAUUUAGUCAAUGAUAGGUGUUGUCAAGUUUGGAAAAUAAAUGUUU